AUCAAACAUUUUGAUAGCUGCGGCGGCGAUGCUGGGCAACUAUUUUGUGUUCAAAUACUACUCAACGUCCAGAACUAAGUUAGUGUCUAUGCUGUACUCAAGUAUUGCAAUAGUCGACAGCAUCGGAUCACUCACCGCGCUUCUUCAAGUGGUGUCCUUCCUUCUUGUAGAGUACAAAGUGGAGAGGAACACUUCGCGUAUAGACAAGGACAUGUUUGGAGUUUACCUGUACCUCCUGGUGACUCUGUUCAGUGUAACUUCCAGGGUUUCCUGUUUCCUGAACGCUGUGCUGGCCGUCUCACGGGCUAUUGCUGUUUGGAAACCUUUUUACAGGAUUAAAUACAAGCGAGUUUUAAUAUCGAUUAUUCUCUACUCCAGCUUCUGGAUUGUUUUUAUGAUCUACGUAGGGAUAGAGCUCUUCUUUCUUAAUAACCGGAAGGCUAUAGAGUGUUCAACAGUAAACCAGUGUAUCGUGGGCAUGGCUCCAGCGGAUCUAGUGUACGGUAUACCGUACGUGGUUCCAACGGUGGUGGUCAUGAUGGCCCUGGGCGUAACCAUGUAUUGUCUUAGGAGAUCACGGGGGAUGCUGCACGGUAAGACGGUUGAAGAACAGAGAGCACUGAGAGAAGCGGCCAUGUCAAGGACCACCAGAACCAUCAUUAUUCUCAGCGUGGUGUUUCUCGUCUGUAAUGUUACCUUUGCAGUGUUUGGAGGUGUUAUGUUCCUGUACACUACAAUACACGGUGAAGAGAACAUCAACAAGGACGUCUACCUGAUCCUCUUCUUCAUCUCUCACUACACUGUAGUGUACUUUAACGCCGCCCUCAACCCAGCUAUCCUGAUCAUGAGGAGCACUGAGCUGACAAGCUUCACCAAGUUCCACUUCUACGAGGUCAUGCACCGUGUUUCCUGUGGGUUUGUCAAGGAGAAACAGGCUAGAACGCGGCGUGAGACGGGGAGUCCCACUCGAGCUGGCAGUCCUGAACCCAACAACAAUACCAAACGUCCUCAGAGCAGUGCUGAUUUGUUGAAAAAUUGCAGUUCGAGUAGUAAUCCUACGCCGUAA